GAAAUUUUUGAUAAGCAAUUUGCCAGAAAAAAAGGAAUUUCAACCAUUUCAGAGUCCUCUUCCAUUAAAACCCAAGAAUUACCACAUAAUCAGGUCAAUUCCACUGAAUUUCCUACAAAGAAAACUGUUUCAUAUUGCGCGUCAUCUUCUCCAUCCCCAACGUUUUUUCCUUCAAAUAUUUCAUUAAAUAUUUCACUUCAUGUUCCUAGUACUAAAUUAACUUCAAAUAAUCCUGAUACAAAAAUAUCGCCUUGGACUUCAGAUGAAGAUAAAUUACUUAUCGAUGCAGUACUAGAAUCAAUGACCCCUUCAUGGGUUCAAAUAUCAAAGAAUAUUAUGAUGCAACGCUCUGAAGACGCGUGCAGAUUACGUUGGGCACGGUUAAAGAAAAG